AUGUUUGCAGGUGGUGCGGAUGCAUAUUUCAACAGAGGUGUAUAAUCUAAUAAUAUAACUAGGAAAUCUAUUUAAAUAACAAGGAGAAAAAGAAAAAGCCCUUCAAGACUACAACUAGGCUAUCAAAUUAAAGCCAAAUGAUGCUAGUAUGUUUUUCAAUAGAGGUAUAUAAUCUAGCAAUACAAUUAGGAAAUCUAUUUUUUGAACAAGGAGAAAAAGAAAAAGCUCUCCAAGAUUACAAUAUGGCCAUAAAAUUAAAUCCAAAUGAUGCUAAUAUGUAUUUCAACAGAGGUAUAUAAUCUAAUAAUAUAAAUAGGAAAUCUAUUUAAAUAACAAGGAGAAAAAGAAAAAGCUCUCCAAAACUAUAACAUGGCUAUCAAAUUGAAUCCAAAUCUUGCUGAAGCGUAUCACAACAGAGGUAUAUACUCAAGUAAUAUAAAUAGGAAAUCUAUUUUCAGAGCAAAGAGAGAAAGAAAAAGCACUCCAAGACUACAACACGGUCAUCAAAUUGUAUCCAAAUCAUGUUAAUGUGUAUAACAGCCGAGGUAAAUAAUCUAGCAAUAUAAUUAGGAAAUCUAUUUUUAGAACAAGGAGAAAAAGAAAAAGCACUAUAAGACUACCACACGGCUAUCAGAUUGAAUCCAAAUUUUUCUAUUGCUUAUUUCAACAGAGGUAUAUAAUCUAGUCAUAUAAUUAGGAAAGCUUUUUUCAGAGCAAGGAGAAAAAGAAAAUGCACUCCAAGACUACAACACGGUCAUCAAAUUGAAUCCAAAUCAUGCUAAUGUGUAUAAUAGCCGAGGUAUUUCAGCUAGUCAUAUAAUUAGGAAAGCUUUUUUUAGAACAAGGAGAAACAGAAUAAGCAUUCCAAGACUACAACACGGCCAUCAAAAUAAAUCCAAAUCAUGCUAAUGCAUAUAUCAACAGAGGUAUAUAAUCUAUUCUUAUAAUUAGGAAAGCUUUUUUCAGAACAAGGGGAAAAAGAAAAAGCAUUCCAAGACUACAACAUGGCCAUCAAAUUGAAUCCAAAUUAUGCUAAUGCGUAUCACAACCGAGGUACUAAAUCUUGUCAUAUCAUUAGGAAAUCUAUUUUUAGAAAAAGGGGAAAAAGAAAAAGCCUUACAAGACUACAACAUGGCCAUCAAAUUGAAUCCAAAUUAUGCUAAUGCGUAUCAUAACCGAGGUAAAAUCUUUUCAAAUAAUUAGGGAAUCUUUUUUCAGAGCAAGGAGAAAAAGAAAAAGCACUCCAAGACUACAACACGGUCAUCAAAUUGAAUCCAAAUCAUGCUAAUGUGUAUAAUAGCAGAGGUAUUUCAUCUAGUCAUAUAAUUAGGACAGCUUUUUUUGGAACAAGGAGAAAAAGAGAAAGCACUCCAAGACUUCAAUGUGGCCAUCAAUUUGAAUCCUAAUCAUGCUAAUGCGGAUAAUAACCUAAGUAAGUAUUUCUUAUUUAAAUUAGGAAAUCUAUUAAUAGAACAAGGAGAAACAGAAUAAGCACUCCAAGACUACAACUAGGCUAUCAAUUUGAAUCCAAAAUUUGCUAUUGCGUAUUUCAACAGAGGUAUUUAAUCUAGUAAUAUAAUUAGGAAAUCUAUUAAUAGAACAAGGAGAAAAAGAAAAAGCACUCCAGGACUACAACAUAGCUAUCAAUUUGAAUCCAAAAUUUGCUAUCGCGUAUUUCAACAGAGGUAUUCAUUUUAGUAGUAUCAUUAGGAAAUCUAUUAAUAGAACAAGGAGAAAAUGAAAAAGCACUCCAAGACUUCAACGUAACCAUCAAGUUGAACUCAAAUCAUGCUGACGCGUAUCACAAAAGAGGUAAAUAAUCUAGCAAUAUAAUUAGGAAUUCUAUUAAAAUUGCAAGGAGAAAAAGAAAAAGCAAUUCAAGACUACAAUACGGCCAUCAAAUUGAAUCCAAAAUUUGCUAUUGCGUUUUUCAACAGAGGUAUAUACUAUAAUAUUAUAUUUAGGAAAUCUAUUAUUUGAAUAAGGAGAAAAAGAAAAAGCACUCCAAGACUUCAACGUGGCCAUCAAAAUGAAUCCAAAUCAUGCUAAUGCGUAUAAUAGCAGAGGUAAAUAAUUUUGUAAUAUAAUUAGGAAAUCUAUUUUUAGAACAAGGAGAAAUAGAUUUAGCACUCCAAGACUACAACAUAGCUAUCAAUUUGAAUCCAAAAUUUGCUAUUGCUUAUUUCAACAGAGGUAUUUAAUCUAGUAAUAGAAUUAGGAAAUCUAUUUUUUGAAUAAGGAGAAAAAGAAAAAGCACUCCAAAACUACAACAUAGCCAUCAAAAUGAAUCCAGAUCAUGUUAAUGCGUAUAAUUGCCGAGGUAAAUAAUCUAGCAAUAUAAUUAGGGAUUAUAUUUAAAUAACUAGGAGAAAAAGAAAAAGCAAUGCAAGACUACAACGCUGCCAUCAAAUUGAAUCCAAAUCAUGCUGAAGCAUACCACAACCGAGGUACUACAUCUUGUCAUAUAAUUAGGAAAUCUAUUUUUAAAACAAGGAGAAAAAGAAAAAGCCCUUCAAGACUACAACAAAGCUCUCCAAUUAAAACCAGAUUAGCCACUUUUUCUUACUAACUAAGGAAGUCUUUAUUUUUAAUAAAAACAAUUUGAUAAAGCAAAUAUAUCUUUCAUAAAAGCGCAAUCAUUGUUAGAUUAGGCUAAUGAAUAAAUAUUUUAAUGGAAUUUAUCUUAAUCAAAUGUUACUUAUAUUAAGAAAGAACUCAACCUACUAAGAGAAAUUCAAAUUUAGAUAUAAACAACAGAUCUUUAACUUGAAUUUAUAUCCUAAGGUUUAUAAAAAAGGAAGAGUAUUGAAUUAAUGGAAUAAGCAUCAAUAAUUGUAAAUGAAUUAGUAGAAGAUAUAAAGCCAAUAGAUACCUUAUCAAUUGAAGAACUUAAUUCAGAAUAAAUUUAAAUCUUUUUAAAAAAAUUAAACGAUCUUUAAAAUCAAAUAUUAUCAUUAACAUUAAAUGUCAAUUAACUUUUAGAAUAAGAUAAUUUUAAGGUUUCUGAAUUUCUAAAAGAAUUAAAUAAAGAAAAAAAUAGAAACUAAUAGAUGUAUUAUAAUGCUUUAAAUUGGAGAUUAUUUAAUUAUUUAUCUGCAAUGCAAUAGAUUUCCACUAAUCUAUUUUAAAUUAAUAGUAGUACAGUAAUCGAAAGUAAAUCCGAAAAAACUUUAAAUAUUUUUCAAAGAAUGUUAAAUAUAGGAUCAUAGAUCUUUGGAGGAUUACCUAUUAUUGGGAAUGCUUUUAACAUAAUUAAUGCUGCUCUCGAUUUUGGAUUUGAAUAACAUAAAGAGCAUAAAUUUACUGCAAGAUUAAAAAAAUUAAAUAAUAUUUUAAAAUGUAGUUCUAUAGUUCCUGGCCAAUUAUAAAUAGAAAUAUAAAUUGCAAGCUAAGAAUUAAGUAAUAAUUAAUUAAAUAAUUUGAUUGAUAAACCACAAUCAAGAUUUAGGAGGUUUGCAGAUUAAUUAUUGCAAGAAGAAGAUAAAUAAUUCAGAGAUAAUAUUUAUUGGGCAGCUUGCAUUGAUUAUUUUAAAUUAUUUGGAAAUAAAUAGUGA